AUGGCGCCGCCCCACUUCUGCGGCGGUAGGCUGGACCGGCGGCUCCUGCUGGCGGCGGCCAAUGACGACCUCCGCGGCUUCAAGAGGUCUGCGAGAGCGCUUGACGGCGGGAAGGGCCGCAUCAGGGAGGCGGUGGAGACCGCCGCCAUGAUCAGCGCCGCCGCCGCUCUCGGAGCCCUGCACGUCGCCGCCGCAAACGGGAGCACACGGGUCUGUGCUUACCUAGUCGAGGAGCUUGAGAUGGACGUGAACGCUACUGCCGUCGGGUCAGGUGAUACACCUCUCUCUGUUGCAGUUCGUUCCAAAAAAAAUGUGGAUGCUGUGAGGUAUCUUCUUGAUCAUGAUGCUGAUCCAAAUAAACGUGUGCAUCAUGGGUGUACCCCACUAACUAUCGCAGUUGGAAAAGGAAUAUGUGUAAUGGUAGAACUUUUGCUCUCAAAAGGAGCUGAUGUUAAUAUUUUGUCUUGCUGCGGGACACCAUUGCACGUUGCUGCAAUGGAAAAUCAAGGUGCUGUUAUGAAGAUUUUAUUAGAUAACAAUGCAGAUUGCAACAAAGAAGUUCCCCCCAUGUUUACUCCUUUGUUCACUGCUCUCAAAGCUCGCUCACUGAGCUGUGUCAAGCAUCUGAUUAAGGCUGGUGCUGAUGUGAUGAAGGGGGUUCAUAAGUGUACCCCGUUAAUACUUGCUGCAAAUGAGGGCUUAACAGAUUUUUAUGAAUGUUUACUGGAGGCUGGAGCUGAUCCUAAUGUUCCUGAUGAUUCUGGACUCCUGCCAAUAGAAAUUGCAGCCUUUAAAAAUAGAAGAAAAGAUGUUGAGAUACUUUUGCCCGUAACAUCUCGUAUUCCGUCUGUGCAUGACUGGAGUGUUGAUUGGCUAAUUGCCUAUGUCAAGUCGUUGUCAACAGAUGAGGAUGAUCCUGUGUAUAAAAUGAAUCUGGCUGAUUUGAAGUCUGAAGCAAGCAAGGCAUACAACGAAAAAGAUUAUCCUACUGCAGUAAAAUUCUACUCCGUGGCUAUAAAGAAUGUCGAUUCUUUUGAUGCAACGUUGUUUUCGAAUAGGAGCCUUUGCUUUAUUAAGAUGGGUAAAGGUUUGAGUGCUUUAUUGGAUGCUGAAGCUUGUAGGCUACUGCUGCCUUAUUGGCCUGAAGGCUGCUUCAGACAAGGGUCUGCUCAUAUGCUCUUGCAGAAUUACGAAGACGCAUGUGAUGCCUUUCUUGAUGGACUGAAGUUGGACCCGGCUGACGCAGAAAUGGAGGAAGCACUUAAAGAGGCAAUGAACUGCUUGAAGCUAUCCCGUGCCAUGGCAAAGCUCUCAGAAUUGUCCCUUGCCCAGAAGAAUAUUAUGCAACAAGACUAGGGUCUGCAUGUUGUGUCCCGCCCAGAGUGCAGUACAAAAACCUGAUAUUUAUUUGCAUUUCCUAUCAGCUGGGCUCUCCGAACAUUAUUACUACCAAGUUUCUUUUUUGUUUGUAUGGUCGUUGCCCAAUUUGGUUUUGAGUAGCAGGGAGGUUUUGAAUUGGGAACGAGAAUACUUCUUCUGUGGUGCGUAGCGGCAGACUUUAACGCUGUUUUUGUGGCGGUUGGUUUUGAUGAUGCUAGUAUCUGUUAGACGAUAUAACUUUUGUUGAAAUUUGGAUGUGGCACAAAAAUUCCGGCGGAGAAGUGCAAAAGUGUAUAACUUGUGUUCAUCUAAUUAACCUGGAUAUAUGAAUCGUCGGGCUGCA